AUGCAACAAUUAGACCAGCGUUACGUUGUGCCUGUUCUUCUCUUGGUUGGAUGGAUCGUAGGGUGCACGGUGGCAGUUUACUACAUCUUCUCCUGA